CACUUGAGGGCACUUGGAGCAAUAAUUUAGUGGACUUGAAUAAGAUACGAUAAAAUCUACGAUGGCCAACCACAACGGUUUGAUUUUUGAUGUGGAUCUGAGAAGUCAUGAAAACAACUUGGCUCACCGCACCCGAGAGAUUGACAGGGAGCGCUUGAUAGUGCGCAGGGGUCAGCCCUUCUCCAUCACUCUGCAGUGCUCUGAGUCUCUGCACCCCGAACACCACCUGGAGCUUGUCCUGCACCUUGGUAAGAGAGACGAGGUGAUGAUCAAGGCCCAGAAGGGACGUGGAGCUGGAGACAAGUGGUGGUUUGACCACCAGGUAGCGCAGGAUGAAAUGCUGCUGACUCUGCACAGUCCUGCAGACGCUAUCAUUGGCCACUACCGCCUUGCUGUGUUGAUAAUGUCACCUGACGGACGCAUUUUAGAGAAGACCAACAAAAGUAGCUUCCACCUGCUCUUUAACCCGUGGUGCAAAGAUGAUGUGGUGUACGUUCCUGAUGAGAGUCUGCUCUGGGAGUAUAUAAUGAAUGAGGAUGGAGUCAUUUACAUGGGCACCUGGGAUUACAUCAACAGUAUUCCUUGGAAUUAUGGACAGUUUGAAGACUAUGUGAUGGACAUCUGUUUUGAAAUCCUGGACAACUCCAAGGAUGCCCUGAAAAACUCAAAAAUGGACAUCGAGCACAGAUAUGACCCCGUCUAUGUCAGCAGGAUGAUCACUGCGAUGGUGAACUCCAAUGGGGACAGGGGUGUGUUGAGUGGUCGCUGGGAGGAACCGUACACUGACGGAGUCGCACCGCACAGAUGGACCGGCAGUGUGCCGAUCCUCCAACAGUGGAGCAAAGCUGGGGUGAGGGCAGUGAAAUAUGGCCAGUGCUGGGUGUUUGCUGCCGUUGCCUGCACAGUGCUGCGCUGUUUGGGAAUCCCAACACGCCUCAUCACCAACUUUUCUUCAGCCCAUGAUGUCGAUGGAAACCUCUCUGUAGACUUCCUGUUGAAUGACAGACUGGAGAACUUUGACAGAGGAAACAAGAAAGACAGCAGCUGGAACUUCCAUUGUUGGGUCGAGUCGUGGAUGAGGAGAGAUGAUCUCUCCAAAGGAAAUGAUGGCUGGCAGGUUUUGGACCCCACCCCUCAAGAACUGAGUGAUGGUGAGUUUUGCUGUGGUCCGUGUCCAGUGACAGCCAUCAAGGAGGGAAAUCUGGGGGUGAAGUACGACGCGCCGUUUGUAUUCGCUGAAGUGAACGCUGACAUCAUUUACUGGGUUGUCAAACAAGAUGGACAACGGCAGAAGAUCAGAGUGGACCAGCGGACUGUGGGGAGGAACAUAAGCACCAAGAGUGUUUACGGUGACCACAGAGAAGAUGUCACUCUGCACUACAAAUAUCCUGAGGGCUCCAAGAAGGAGAGAGAGGUGUAUGAGAAGGCGGGACGCCGGGUCACUGAGCCGACCAAUGGGAGCAUAGAACCAGGACAACUGAAGCUGUUAAUCAAGCAUGCUAAGCCUGUUUUUGGGACAGACUUUGAUGUGAUUGUUGAGGUGAAGAAUGAAGGAGACAGAGAUGCUCAUGCUCAGCUGACCGUGCUGGUCAUGGCUAUAACUUAUAAUUCUUACCACCGGGGAGAGUGCGAGAGACAAACAAUCAGUGUGACUGUACCCGCCCACAGUGCCCACAAAGAAGUGCUACGUCUGCGCUAUGACGACUAUGUCAGGUGUGUCUCUGCGGAUCAUCUGAUCAGGGUGAAAGCCUUCUUAGAGGCUCCAGGGGAGAGCGAACCCCUCUUGACUGUCGCCAACAUCCCACUGAGCAUGCCUGAACUCCUCAUACAGGUGCCUGGAAAGGCUGUUGUAUGGGAACCAGUGACAGCCUACAUCUCCUUCACCAAUCCUCUACCAGUUCCUCUGAGGGGUGGUGUGUUCACUGUGGAGGGGGCUGGCCUCCUGUCGGCCACUGAGAUUCCUCUUAAUGGUAAUGUAUCUCCUGGCCAGAAGAUUUCUGUCAAGCUCUCGUUCUCACCUGUGCGCACCGGGGUCAGGAAGCUCCUGGUGGACUUUGACUCUGACAGACUGAAGGACGUAAAGGGAGUCGCCACUGUGGUUGUCCGCAAGAAAUACUUCCUGUAAUUACUUGACCUUGUAUGUGAGAUGAAGUGACAUUUCCCAGAUGUGAGAGGAGGAGCUCUGUUUGAAUGCAAAAGUAUUUCAAGUAUAAAAGUGAAAUGUUUAUGCACAUAAAUUCUAUUAGCUGUAUUGUAUGUAUAGUUGUAUCUUCCAGGAUGAAUGUGACCAUGUCCAAAAAAGAAGUACCAAGCACAGUAUUGGUUUAAUGACCUUAAAGCCACUAUUUUUCAGAUCUGAACAUUUCUGACUUUGCAUUAUGCCUGGCACCACAGGUUCCCACAUGGAAAUGAAUAAAACACAACAGGUGACAGCCUCUAGAUGGCAAACAGACUGGUUUUUAUUUUUUCAUUUUGCUCCUUUGUACCAUUUUAUUUCUUGUAUUUCUUACUUGCACCAAAUUUAACAAGUUUCCCUCUCUUUGUACCCUCCUCCAAAUCACUGCUGUUAUUUGUGCCUUGUGAAAUGAAAUGAAAACCAUUAGGACCCUCAGCCGUGAGAUGCAGGGUUAAAAAAAGUGCUAUAUGCUUUAUGCAUACUUGUUGAAUGAUUUUACAGAAUCUGUUGUUAUAUGUUUUGUUACUUAAUUACAUCUUUGCACUGUUUCCAAUCCCAUUUUAGUCAAAAUAUGAUUGGAAGAAACUACAUUUUUUUCAUACAAUUUAAUGCUAAUAUGUAUGCAUUUUUUGAAUAGUUCUGUGUG